AUGCAGGUGAGUCAAGCAGGUACCAGGCAGAGUCCAGGCUGCACGCCCUGCUCGCCGCCAACCAAUCUUGUUGUGUCCAUGGCGUGUGCUGGUGGGAGUGGUGCUGUGGUGGAGGUCGUGAGGCCGGGCAGCAGCAUGAGUGGCUGGCAGCAGCAGCAGCAGCAGCAGCCAGCCUCAGGUGUGGGGAAGUGCAGGCAUGGUGGCAAGAAUCACCUGGAGGCAGGCAGCUCUGUCCACAGAGGAGAGAGUAAGUUUGAGUGCCAGCAGUGUGACAAAACUUUUGUAUCCAAACAAGGCCUUAAGUACCACACCCUGACACACAGUGGUGUUAGAAAUUAUGAGUGUGGUGAUGGUGUUAGAAAUUAUGAGUGUGAUGAGUGUGGAAAAAGAUUUCCUACCAUUUCUCGUCUCAAUAAACACACCUUCAGACACACUGGCUUGAGGGAGUUCAAGUGUGAUGUUUGUGGCAAGUGUUUCAAGACAAAGGGUGAUAUUGCCAAGCACAUGAGGAUCCACUUCUGA